AUUUUUAUCAGUGGCUCUGAAGCAGUAGCUUUUGUGAAGCGCUGUUUAAAUAUUUUCCUCGAGUCGAGUAUAUAAUUUUAAAAAUACAUUACUGAAGUAUUUAUAAUCUUCAUAGUUUUGUCGGGAUUCAAAUGAUUUUAUUAUGAAGGGCAUAUAUUUAAUUAUUUUCAAUCUGCUAUGUAAUGAGGUUUCCUCCGGUGGGUAUUAUUUUCAUGAACCUUCGUAUAUUGAAUUGACUUCAUCCGGAAAGGACUUUGAUUUCGGAUUUUCACUUGAUUACCAAAUUAAAACUAAUAGUUUAGUGGUUGGUGCACCCAAGAGUGAUUUGGACGGAAAAGUUUUUACAUGUCCUCUGUCAAAUAUAACAAACAGCCGGAACGGAGGUGUAAAAUGUCAGGAAGCAUCUAUUAAUAUGGACAGAGUUGCAUCAGAUUUCAGAAAACCCCCAAGUGGAGGGAAUGAACACCAAUGCCACCUUGGAUCAUCUUUGGCUGUUACUGACGCUUAUUUUUUCACUUGUGCUCCUUUGUGUUCAAAAUAUCUUCGAUUAUCAAACGGUUCUUUAGUGUUCGGAACUUUCGGCACAUGUUUUGUGUAUGAUGGUGAAAAUGCCACGAGAUACUGUGGUCUUCUCGAAAAGUACGAACAUAGAAUAAAACCUAUAGCAGCUGUUGAUAAAUUUUAUGGAGGUGUAGGAUGGACAACAUUUUCGGAUUACAACAAUAAUAUUAUCCUAAUAGCGAAGUCUAUUCUAAAAGUAAGUAGUAUUACUUACAUAGAAAUGGACUCUCCUCUUAAUCCAGUCGAAGAGGUGCCAAUGCAUAGCUCGUUAAAUAUAUUUUAUUACAAAGGUCGAGCUUUUGCGACUGGAAAAUUUUUCAAUGAUAAAAGAAAUCUAUAUGCGUUCAGUAUGAAAAAAGAAAAGCAAACAGGAGCGAUUGCUUUCCUAUACUACGACAAGAAUCUUCCAAAGAAAUUACAAGUGUUAAAAGAUAACAGAAAUCCUAUUUUAAUCUUAGAUAACAAGUCUGUGUCAAUGUUUGGUACUUCCUUGCAUAGUGUGGACAUAAAUGGAGAUGAUUUCUCAGAGCUUAUUGUUGGGGCUCCAGGCUUUUCUCAGAUAGAUGGUGGCUAUGAGAACGGUGCUAUAUAUUUAUAUGAAGGUGGAGGGCCAAUUAUGGAGAGAAGAGAACCGACACAUCGUAUUAAAGGAACCAAAGAUGGUGCUCGCUUCGGUUCAUCCAUAGCUUCCACUGAUCUGGACGAAGAUGGUUUACCAGAAAUUUUCGUGAGUGCACCUUACGAAAAUGGAGGCGCUGGUGCUGUAUACAUUCUUUUAGGAUACGAGGUCAAGAAAUUACUUCGGAGUACCGUUAAGGAAACCUCAUUAUCUAGCUUCAUGUAUUCACAAACAUUACAAAUAUCCGAAUUUAAAUCCUUCGGCUACAGUCUUCAUGCAUUUAACAGAAACGGUGUAAAUUUUUUAAGUGUGGGUGCGCCAGCCAGUGGUCAGAUUGCAAUAUAUCGUAGCAUAUCCUUUAUCAACGCUACUUUAUCAAUGUACCUAGAAGGGGAUAGGGCAGUUCGGGAACAAGAUGAAAAUUUCAUAGCCGUCAUAAAAAUUCAUCUGGGCUAUCCCGAAAUUAUAUUAGAUACAGAUAUAAAAUUAUUCCUGUGUACGGAGCUGUCUGGAGACGAAGCUAAGAUUCAGAAUAAAACAAUUAUCGAGUUCAAUUUAUCAAAGGAAAAACCCACCGAACUCAAAUUUAAUAUUGUCGUAUUGUUGGCUAGGAGAGGCCCGGGAGAUUAUAAGAUCACUGCCAAAGUGAAAACGGAUUUGGAAAUGUCUAAAGAACGUAAUAUUAUACCAAAAGAAUUCAAUAAGUCAUUAGUGAUGAUAACUCCGCAAAGUAAUAGAGAGGCUGUUUUGGAAGUGUCGCGACACUGUAAGGGCGAUGAAUGUGUUCCCCAACUGUCUACUUAUUUGGAAUGGUCUGGCAGGUCACCUGACACAUACCUGUUAGGUUCGAGUGUGAAAGAGACCAUGAGGAUAAGUAUUUUGAACGAAGGCAGCAAUACGUACGAUUCUUGUGCUUGGAUAAAAGUUACUGGAGCUCAGGUUGCAGUAUUAGCAUGUGUCCAAAUCGAUGACACUUGGUAUAAGUGUGAUUUACGAAUUGAAAGGGAUGCAACGAGUACUAUUGACAUACAGUUUGAUUUGAGCCACCCCACUAACAUGGAAGAAAGCCUUAAUAUCAAAGUCCUUUUAUUCAACCACUGUGCGUCCUUAAGUUCGAACGCAACUUCAGAAGAAAACAAGAAAAUUACUUACAAAUUAACUUCUGAAAACCUAUACGUUGAAGGGUCGUCCAUGGAUCGAAACUUCACAGAGAGUGAACUUAAAGAUUUGGGAACAAAUGAUACUAUAAGCGUUCACGAAACCUAUAAGAUAACGAAUAAUGCUUCGAUAUACUGGAAGUCUGUGAAAGUUGUACUAUCAUUACCGAAUUUGAAUUUCAUGCAGGAUUACUUAAUUGUGGAUGAAACUAAUUGUAAAACGAACAAAACGACUGAAACAUUGAAGAUACAAUGCUUUAUUAAUAUUGAUUCAAACUCGACUUAUUUCAUACGGACUAUUGCUAGUUUAUUUAAAUCAAAAAUGAGUUCACACUUUGAGAAAAGGCAGUUGAUUUUGAAUUCAACUCUCAUGCUUUUUAUGUUACCAACCACAGAAAAAAAAACUAACGGAUUUUCAACGAGAAUGUUUUUGCAAAAAGAUUCUGAAUUUUGGGAAAGCGAAACAUUCAUAAUAACCGUAUCUACAAUAGCGGGCUUAAUAAUAGUGGUCAUUAUAGCUGCGAUUCUAUUUAAGAUGGGCUUCUUUGUAAGAAAAGAGAAAAAGAAGUUAAACAAUCUCAGAGACUCAAUAAGGAAAGGAACGUUUCGACGUCCUUCUGCACCAAAUAGUAGUGAAGCAAGAUGUUCUUCAGCAGAAAUACAGACAAAGGAAAAUUAGUAAUUCCAUAUAACAACAAUAUUUAUCAUUAGUGUUCAUAAUUUAUCUAAUUAUGAACAUUAUUUUUAAUUAGUGUUAACAUUAAAAUACUAUUUAAUUCCUUAUAUUAGGAAUUGACACUUUGCAUAAUAUUUUUUUUAUUAAUAAGAUGAUUGCCUUCGCUUACAGUGGAUAAGUUUCAGUUUGUUUGUUUUGUAAUACAGAUGUAUAUUUGUAAAUAAGUAAGUAUAUUAUUAGUUUCGAAAUUGAGUAAAUAAAAUAUUAAAAGAGUGAUAGAUGUUGGUCAAAUAAAUGUAUUAUAAAUUAAAAUAAAUGAUUAGUUAUAUGUUGACAAUGUUUAUGAGUUAUGAUAAAAUUAGUCAGUUACAUUGAAUGGGACGGUACAAACUGAAUACAAAUAAACUUAGGGUUAAAUAAAUAACAGUAAAGUUGGAAACUCGAUAUUACAUUUUGAGAAUAUUACUCAAAAAACUUUAUAAAACAUGAGUUAACAUAAAACAA